AGACGCUGUACCGAUCUCGCGGUAACAGCACCGGCGUACCAUCCCGCGGUUUUUUCUCACCGGUCGUCAGUCUGUCCGUUACCGGUGUCCGUUAAACCACUGCUGUCGUCGUGUCUUCGUCCGUUAGUGGUCGUCGCGCGUAGUCGUUGUUUAUUGUUUUUUUUUUCUUUGUUUUAAGUUUUUCAUUUUAACUUCACUCGACCGCGGGUUUUUGGUUUUUUUCUUUUUUUUUUUUUUUUGACAAAUAGUUAUGUUUUUCGAAUUCGGCUACGGCAUCUGAACGAUUUCAUAAAGUUGCGGAUAAAGUAUUUUUGCUGUCGAAGAUUCGUUGAAGUCUUCGUCGUAGUUAUCACCAAUCCAUUUUCUUCGAAUUUUAACAUGAGGUCGACAUUCACCAUCGCUCCGGGUCUGGUCGUCACCCUAAUGCUGUUGUGCGGCUCGGCGUUAGCGUUAAGUUUCAACGGCAACGACAAAACGGUUAUCGACACGCUAGCGUGGACUAGCGAUCUGUCCGAGAUCUAUAGUAUAAUUGAAAGAAGUCAAAUAGCCAAUUCGACGAUACAUUUGAGAAGUGUUACAGUUUUUGCUCCACACAACGAAGCGUUUAUGAAAACGACUAAACAAGACACUGACGAUGAUUAUUUACCAUGCUAUCAUAUAACAAACGUACCGAUGAAAUUAGAACAAUUAGGGAAAUCUGUUUUCUCCGAACUUGAUGGUAAUCCGCCCAUGUGGAUAACAAAGAAAAGUCCGGAGGAAAUAUACAUCAAUCAAGCCAAAGUGGUUUAUCAUUUGGCUAAUUAUGAGCACAACAAUACAAUUGGCAAACCACAAGUGUUGCACGUUAUCGAUCAAGUGUUACAACCUUUACGAUUGAAAAAAAACAGCCCCCAAAUGAUCUACAAUCCAAAUGCUUGGGAAUUCAUGGAAAAUGCUGAAUUCCUGGACUUGAACGGUUACCACACUAAUAUUUUCCUUCAACGUGUACAAAGUUUGGAAAAGAAACAUGUAUUCUCGAAUCAAGGUGGUCAUACAUUUUUCAUACCCGUCGAUGAAGUUGCCAAUCAUCCUAAAGUAAGACCAGAAAAAAUCGAUGUGAAAGUGAUUGACGCCCACAUUAUACCUGAUAAUGUAUUGUUUUUGGGACCAACCAAUGAGGGUGAACAAUUUGAAACCUUAGCAUUCACUGAUAUGCUUAAAGUAGUUGCAUUUUUUUCAAAGGCCGAAGAAGGAGAUAAAACUAAAUAUUUCGUAAGCAGUGACACUUUAAACUCUGAUGGUACACAUCCUACUGGAGCUGUAGUAGCAGAAAUCGUAAAAGCCAAUAUACCUAUCAAAAAUGGCGUAGUACAUUUGAUCAGUAGACCAUUGAUGGUUGUUGACAAUAAUGUGAAAGAAUUCGUUGAGUCAUACAAGGAUAGAGAAUAUGGUAUCUUGCACAGAUUCUAUGAAGAGAUUAUGAACACCGAUAAAGAUUUUCUAGAUCAACUCUCUAGCCUCACAAAUGUUACACUUUUUGCGCCUUCUAAUAAUGCAUUCAACGAACAAUCCAUUCAGUCGUAUUUGACCAAUCGCACCUACAUUAAGUCAUUAUUAAACUUGCACGUCGUCAACGGUAGGUUGUCCAUUGAAGAUAUUGUCUCGGGAUCGACAGACAAGCGCUUUCAGGUUGCCACCCUAGUGCCACGCAAGGAUUUGUUCUUCAACGUCGUUACCAGUGGUAAAAACCGCACGUUGACCCUGGAGGGUGGUGGCGUAAACGCUACCGUGGUUCAGGCUAAUCUGGCUGCUACAAACGGAAUCAUACACAUCAUUGACCAUGUACUUGGCAUUCCAUCAUCGACUGUCGACCGCAAACUGGCCACUGACCCCACGCUCAAUGACACUAAUUACCUUGGCCAAGUGUCUUCACUUAACGACCAACUGAGUGAUGUUCAAAAGCGAUUCACUUAUUUUGUGCCUAGGGAUUCUGCAUGGAAGAGGCUGUCAAUCGAUAACCCCUCGGUGUAUAAAAAAUUGUUUAUGCCUGAAUACUCUUACCUUGCCCGUCAAAUUUUGGAACGUCAUUUGAUCGUCGCAGAUAAAGCAUAUACAAUGGAUGAUUUAAGGAAAGAAGCCAACAACAAUUACAAUUUAUCUGUCAAACUUCCUACUGUACGUGAUGUGUCCAUGUAUGUAAAGAUUAAGGAUUUGCCAGAAGAAGGUUACUCAAUUGAAUGGCGUAACGAAUGGAUACAUGUGCACCGGGCUGAUGUUCGUUGUACAAAUGGUAUUAUACACGUGAUUGAUCAAGUCUUUAUUGACGACAAUGAUAUUGAAGUGAAUGCUGCUAUCGCUACCAAAUCAGUAACUGUGAUGCUGUUGAUUUUGGCUCAAUGCCUCGUGUUCUUUUAUUUCAACUAGUCAAUUCUUCUCAGCAGGUGUGUCUAGUAUGUGGAUUACCCUAAAUGCGUUAUACAUCGGUUGGUCUUAUGUUUCCCACCCAGUGUCUCCACUAAAUUAAUAGGACCUGCCGAUAACGUAAAACAUUAUUUAAUAUCCUCAUUUAUCAUAUGACACAGUUUGGUUUUUUCCCAAAUGAAAAUUAGAACCAUUUGAAUUGUACCCAAUUAUAAAACGGACAAUGUAUUUUUAUUUCCUUUAACAUUUAAGUUUUUAUAAAGAAUCCCUUCAAGUUUUUUUUUUUUUAUUAUAAGCUUGUGCCUGAUUAGUUUUAUAUCCCUAUAUGUAUAUACAUAAUGAAAAUUUAUAUAUAUAUAUAUAAUAUAUAUGCAUACGUAAGUAACUUAAUUUUUUUUUCGCGUUUGGUAUUACCUGAUUAUUCCCUCUAUAUUUGGUUAUUAGUGUAGUCUGUCUACUAAGAGGAUACAUGUUUGGUUAUAUUUCAAAUGCAAAUUUGCUUUUUAAAUUGCACAUAAAUCUGUUUGCG